AUGUCCCUAGUCAAGCUACCAUUUCUUUUCUCUGGUCUGGUGGCCAGUCAUAUUGUCAUGUCGCCACCCCAGCCCAAGGUCGACGCAGCGAAACUACCGAGAGACGUAGCUCUAUAUGAACGUUUCUUCUCGUCCGUUGCACAUACAGCCAUACAGCUGACGAAGCUAACAACAUGUGCGCCGUACAUCCUGGAGAUCGCGGUCAUCAUUGCCAGCGAGUAUCCCUCGCAUCCCCUCUCCCAGUUGAUCCUGGACGCCCUCGUCCAUGGCCCCUUUGCGCUCUCGGAGCGUAUCGCCCUCUCUCGCCCCUACCUCUUGUUUUGGGGCCUAGGAAUACUCGGCAACUUCGUACGGUAUCAAUGCUACCGCGUCCUCGACCGCUCCUUUACCUAUGAGCUCGCCGUUCGCAAGGAGCAGCGACUUGUAACGGGCGGCCCAUACAGCUACGUUCGCCACCCGAGCUACACCGCUGCGACCGUGGGCUUAAUCAGCACCAGCCUCAUGCACAUUGCACCAGGGUCGUGGCUGAAGGAAUGUGGCUUCUUGCAGACGCAGGUUGGAAGUGCGAUGGCGAUGCUCCAUGUAGCCCUCUCCACAUUCCUCACCCUAUCGGUCACGUGGCGAACAGUGGGGGAGGACGCAAUGCUGAAGAAACACUUUGGCAAGGAGUGGGAGGAAUACGCGCAGAGAGUCCCUUACCGUUUGAUCCCUUUCGUCUAUUGA